AUGGGUUUCGCUGCCGGAAUAAGCAGCCUUGUUUUUUUGGCUCUCACCACUGCCCCGGCUGGUUUGGCUACUCCGGUUCAAACCUCGAGCCCAGUGGUUGAUUUAGACUACGCCACCUACCAGGGUUACUAUGACAACACCUACGACCUCAAUGUCUUCAAGGGGAUUCGAUAUGCAGCCCCUCCUGUUGGAAAGCUGCGAUGGCAACCGCCUCAGUCCCCUGCAGUGAACAAGACUUCCAUUCAAUCUGCCACUGAACAGCCUCCACUCUGCCCACAGUCCGGUGCUGCACAGCUUCCAGAAUUGUAUGGCUUCGGUUCAGCCCUGGGCAAUGAGGACUGUUUGUUCUUGAAUUUGUAUGCUCCGCCCGGAGCCAAAGAUCUCCCUGUUCUCCUUUGGAUUCAUGGUGGUGGAUAUGGGCUUUUCGGGGCCGAAUACGACCCCAGUGAAUGGAUCGCCACAAACGAGAACGGGUUUAUUGCAGUCAUGAUUCAGUACAGACUGGGUGCCUUUGGCUUUUUGUCCUCGGAAGGAGUGCACAAGUAUGGCAAGGCCAAUGCAGGCCUGCUUGAUAUGCGUUUCGCCCUCGAAUGGGUCCAGGAGAAUAUCGAAAAGUUCGGCGGUAAUGCCUCCCGCGUCACGAUCGCUGGCGAGUCUUCUGGAGCAGGCUCGGUGCUGCUACAAUCAAUUGCUUAUGGUGGUCGCGAGGACCACUUAUUCAAUAAUGUUAUUGCCGCCAGCCCUUAUACCACUGACUUGCACCAGUACGAUGGUAAAGUGCCGACAGGUCACUAUCAGGAUUUUGCCGCACGAGCAGGGUGUUACAAUGGUGGCAAUGUAUCCGAGGCAGCCGUAUUCGACUGCCUUGUCAAUGCUGACACCGAUACUUUGCAAUACGCCAGUGCAAAUGUCUCCAUUUCAGGAGCAUGGGGUACCUGGGCCUUCCUGCCUGUGGUAGAUGGCGAUUUCAUCCAGGAGCUUCCAUCCAAGCAAUUAUACACGAAGAAAGUGAGCGGCAAGCGCGUUCUAUCUGGGAACAAUGCCAAUGAAGGUGUCCCGCUUAGCCCGCCAUUUGUGAACACCACUGCUAGCUUCCUGAGCUAUGUCAAGUCUACUUUCCCUUUGUUCUCCCGCAGUGACUAUUCCCGCCUGCUGGAUAUCUACGGUUUCCGAAACAGCUCUCCCCAAGACACUGCUCCCCGAUACGAUACACUAGGCGACCAUGGCCAGAAUGCUCUGAACCAAUCGGAAAUGGCAACCGGUCUUCAGCAGACAGUCUUCGACAUAUACGCCGAAUCAGCCUUCGACUGCCCCUCAUACUGGCUUGCGGAUGCUUUUGCUGGAAAAAAUACCACGGAGAGCUGGAAAUAUCAAUACUCUGUGACCCCUGGGUACCAUGGGGCAGAUCUGUCCGCAUACUUCUCUGUUGGGGCGACUACGCCCACUCCCGGUUUGAUCCAUGCAUUCCAGAAGAUUUGGGGCAAUUUCAUCAUCAAUGACACCCCGAUAAUAUCCAUCGUCGAUGCAAAGGGUGGUGCAGACAAUUCUACCGUACCUGAGAGUGCGAACGGAGAUAUCUCCUGGCCAAGGUGGAAUAGCAACUCUCCCGUGUUGAUGAAUUUGAACACCACGGGUGGAACAACGGUCUACGAGAAAGUUACUGAUAACCUCUCUUACUGGAUUCGGGAAGGACCUGGCGUCACGAAUGAGUUCAGCCUGGCAGAUGCGUCGAAGUGGGAAGGUGGCCGUGGUGAGCGCUGUGAGUUCUGGAGAAGUGUUGGCCCACGCGUGCCAGCAUAA